AUGCCGCCACGGCGAUCUACAGCCCGGGGGCCAAGCGCAACGCCUGUCCGGGGCGCGUCGCCCACAAGGCGGUCAACUCGAGCAAACAGUGUCGUGUCUCCGGAGAAUGCUGCUCCUCAGCGGACAACUCGAGGUGCCUCUCGACAGUCAAACUUGGCCGAGGGGGCCGGUGCCGACCUGCCAAGAUUGCCCGAGGUGAAGAUCCAGCAGUCGUACGCUUAUGGCUCGAGCAAGACGCCUAUGUUACCGACUCAGCUGAUCCCAAGAGGUAGGAUGAACCUGAGAGAAAUUGCUGCGACGCUUGACGCUGGCGUUGAACAAGCCGACCAACACCUCCGGGAUCAUGCCGACGAAGCUCAUGCAAACCUACAAAGAACGUCUCGCGGUGAGAGAGCUCACCGCAGGGCGUCCCGAGAAAACUCUCAAGACCCGUCUGCGGGAAUUGACGACGUGGAGAAGAGCAAGACCCAACGAGUAGCCGCUUGGGCUAGUUCACUCGAAAGCAGUCAACUCGACGAGAUACCCGAAGAGGAUGUUUCGCGCAGCACUGCGGAGGAUGUAGCUUCCCACAAAGAUACCGAUCCCUCUAGCUUCCCAAGUGGCAUAUUUGAGCACAGUUACAACUAUGAGCGCGGCCUUCGAAGACCCAACAUAACAGUCCGGCAGGUUGAACAACCAUUUCUCCGCAAGACGUGGGCCGCAUCAAAACAUUAUGCCCAACAGUCUGGAGAGAAGGCUUCUCAGUUGUCUUCAUCAUUCCUCGACUGGACACAGCAGCUGUUGCAGGAGAGUGGCAGAGUGGUCAAGGACCUUCCACACUCAUCAAUCAUCCCGAUUUUUAUUCAUCUACUUUUCGUUAUGCUGAUGAUGGCUGCGACGAGUCUUCUUUUCUGCUACAGUUAUAAUCAUUUUGUGUGUGACCCUUACACAACAUCUCCAGUGGGAUUGGCUUUGCAGAAAUAUUGCGGUAGCUGCGUUCGGAGUCCUGAUGCGCUGUUCAAUGUCACCGGCGGUAACAACGCGGAUCUGUCCAAGUUGUCGGCCACCCUGAGCAACCUUAACAGCCAGAUACGCUCUCUUGAGUUACGGCUGAACGAUAAGAUUGACACUCAGUUUGCCAAAACAAAGGAAGAUAUGGAAAAGUUACGACAACAACAGUUCGACUUGUCAAAUCGCAUUGCCGGGCUAAACUUGGAGCGGACAACAUCCUCGGGAGACGUCGCAUCACCGGUAAUCGCAAAGGUCAAUUACUUCUCCCCAAAGCUUGGAGCACUGGUAGAGCCUCGACUCACUUCUCCGACUCUACUCACGCCGCUAUCAAUCGGCCACAGGGUCUUUUGGCGUCUUUUGGGAUCUGCAUACUAUCAAACACAGCAGGCCGAGGCUGCUCUUUCUGCAUGGCAAGAUGUGGGCGACUGCUGGUGCUCAUCGCCAUCCUCAACAGAUCAGGAUACAAUGAGACUAGGGGUUCGAACUGCUCGACUGAUUUAUCCGAAAGAGGUCGUGUUGGAGAAUUAUCCCGUUGCUGGGUCGCGCUCCCCCGGAGCUACUCCCAAACAUAUCGAGAUCUGGGCCGACUUUGAGCAUCUUGACAGCCGCGAAUGGAUGGCACUGGGCAUUAGAUCUAUGCAGGGAGACAGCCCGAUUGGCCCAACUUGGGGCAUGAUUGGGCAGAUGGAGUAUGACGCUUCCAAGGAGGCACCUCACGUUCAAGCAUUCAGACUUGAUGUGAAUGACCAUUCGAAUAUCUACUCAGCCCAGCGGUUUGUGGUACGCGUAGUCUCGAACUAUGGAUCGGACUUUACAUGCCUUUACCGAGUUCGGAUGCAUGGAGCUGAGCUCGGUGAACUUUCGACAGAAAAGUUGGGUGGGGCUUGA